UAUGACGACACAGUGGCGAGGGUGAAGCGGUCCGGCGAGUUAAUAGUUGUUCUUAACUGUUUGCUCAAAACAUUGCUUUAUUUCUGAGUUGCGGCUAGUUUUAAUAUAUGCCAAAGCAACAGAGGGCAGUAUAAUGUGGAUACUGACGCCCCAGCAGCAGCCUACAGCUGAGGCCUGCUAUCUCCUCUCGGGUAAAGCGUACGUGGUGGGCCGAAAGAAUUGUGACAUUCUUCUUCCGAGUGACCAGUCUAUCAGCAGGGCUCACGCUCACCUAAGUGCUACAGAGCAGACGCUGACUCUGAAAGACACCUCCAAGUAUGGUACAUUUGUCAACAACCAACAGAUUACAACACCGGUGAACCUGAAAUCAGGGGAUUUAGUGACUUUUGGGGUUUUUCAAAGCAAAUUCAGUGUGGUUCAUCUGCAGCCAGUCGUGUGUUCAUCGUGUUUGGACAACGAUGGCCAAGCGUCGCUCUCUCAGGCCGUGCUAGCUUUGGGUGGAAAGCUGGUCAGCAGCUGGUCUCAGGAUUGCACCCACCUGGUUAUGUCUUCUGUUAAAGUUACCAUUAAGACCAUUUCUGCUCUGCUGUGCUGCUGUCCCAUCGUGAAGCCAGAGUUCUUCUCAGAGCUCAGCAGAGCUGUUCAGCAGAAGUUACCGCCUCCUAAAGCCGAGAGCUUCAUUCCUGAGAUCGAUGAGCCCAGCUUGAAUAAAGACGAUGUUAAUCUUGGAGCGGUUCCACUUCGCAAACAGCUUUUCAGUGGACGGACCUUUAUUUUCCUCAGCGCCAAACAGCUGAAGCGCCUUCGUGUGGCAGUGAGUUUUGGAGGUGGCAGGAGUCAGCUGCUGGAAGAGGGCAGCCUGCCUCGUGACCUGCUGGAGUCUCCGCAGAGCUGUGUGGUCGAUUUUACAACAGGUGCCUCCCAAACUCUGCUGUCUACCUCCGCAACAGAGUGGGCAAACUCUGUGAAGAGCAUCGUUGAAAGAAAAGGCCUUCGAGUCAUCACAGAGUCUGAAAUCGGCCUGGCUGCCAUCUAUGCUUCCUGUGAAAAAUACUGCAAUCCCUCAAGCUCAGACUCAGACUCUGUACCAAAAGUGACACCCAGAAUCCCAAGUGCCUCGCUGUCACAGAGCGUAGCUGUGGAUGAGACCGUGUUACCUGCAGCAUCGCAGAACAUCACGGCGUAUGCAGCGAACACAGAGACAUCACAGAGGAUGCGGGUUUCUGAGGUCACCGGGGUGACGUCGGUAGGGGAGACGCCUGAGAAGAAGCCGCACCAGUAUGCCAGUCAGCUCCGUGUAAUCAGCCCCGUGGCUCAGAAAACGACCACUCAGUGUAUUGUGGAUGAAACAAUGAGCUCGUCGCUCACCACUGCAGCAAACGCAGAAUCACAGAAGAAGUCUGAAUCCAAGCUAGCAGGUGAAGACAGUUUUGACAUCAGACCACAGCCAUCAACUCCUAAGACUAACAGUGGCACCAAGACUUUCCCUCCGAAGAAGUCUCCUCAGAAACCAAAAAUCUCUUCACAAGCUUCUCCACAGAAGCAGUCGACUCUGACCACUUUCUUUCAGCCAGCCAGCAAGAAAAGGCAUUUGGAGGACGAGCCCUCGGCUGUCACGUCAGAGCCAAAGCGACCUGCACUAGCAUCAUCCGUCACUGCUCGGGCACCACACACCCCGGCCAUGUCUGAAGAAAUCCCCCCACUUACACACAGAGGCCCAGCUACUGUGUCCCAGACUCCACUCGGGUCAGCAGCUGAUUUGUUCGCAGGACGGUCAGAGGCUCGCUCAGAGGAACCACAGAGUAGAAAGAGGAAGGAGAUGGAAGAUGUGAUACAGAUGGAGGAACUGGAGUCCAUUAUGUCUGAAGAUAUGGACUGCUUUGAUGAGCAACCCUCAAUUAAUCAAGGCCAGCAAGCAAAACCUGAGCACAGUUCAGCUAAACAGAAACAAGUUUUAAAUACUGCGGAGUCUUCGAGCAAGAGACAACGUGUCCACCUAGAGAAAAAUGGGAUAACCAAUCAAAGGCCACAGGCAGGUUCGGAGAAAGAAUCGAGUUUGCAGAAGAACAGCCAGCGAUCUGAACAGCACGCUGUCCGUAUUAAGACAGAGCCAGCUGACCCAGCUGACUGCACAACGGCUAAUCGUGGGUCGAGUAAACUAGAAGAAAUGUCAUCAGCCAGUACGAGUAAAGAUGUGAUUCCUUUUGAAGAAGAUUUGUCCUUCAUUGAGGAUUUAGAACUACUCAAUGCAGAUAUUCCUCAGCCUAAAGAAGAGAUUAAAAGCCCUCUGAAACCAGUUGUGAUCAAACAGGAAGUCCAAGAGUCAAAGAUCGAUGAAGACCUUCCUAAGAAGCUGCUGUUGGUGGAGUUUAAAUCUCUCACCGUGGCAGCUCCUCCCAAAGCCAAGCAAAAUCAGAUGCAGGGCAAUGGCCACAUAAAGAACUUCAAAUGUUUCCGCAAGAGUCGUGUGCCGGGCUCGGAGGGCUUUCAUCACGUUAUUGGAGGAUCUGAUCUGCUGGUUCACAACCGGGGCAAGAACUCUGAUCUGGAUGAAUGGUUGAAAGAUGCAGCUGAGGAGGAGCAACAGAGCAGGAGGGACGAGACCAUAGGAGAUGAUCUCUUUAGGUACAACCCCACCAAACUAAGCAAGAGAAGAUGAAAUGCCUUCGUUUCAACAUCCUCCAGAGGGGAUUCAUUUCAGAGGUACAGGAAGUAUCAGCCCUGUGUGGAAGGACUCUAACUUCAUGUAUCUCUUUAUGUUUGUAUUUCAUUUGUAAGUCAUUGUUUUGGUUGCUGUUCCUGUUCUGUUUUUUGUUUUUUUUAGCUCGUCUAAUUAAGCCACUGACAGAGGAAAUGUAACCAAAAAAAUAGUCGCAUGUUCGGAGUUUUUUUUUUCCAGUUUUUAUUUGUCAAUAAUAAAAAACAUGGCAUACAAAACAUUAAAAAGGCUUCAGUUGUACAAGAGUGCUUCAAAACUCUACAUGCUGAAAGCAGCUUUUCCUUCACUUUGAAGUUUAAGACCCAAUGUGUUCCCUGGUUUUAGCAGAACUACAGUAGAAACUCCAGAGAGAUUCAAGUGUUACCGUUUCUUGAGCGAUCUCUAGAGAGCUGACCUCGCAGGCACUUUACCAGAUAUGAGACUGUUCAGAUAAAGAGUCCUCGUGCCAAGCAUUUGUUGGCCUUUCUGUGCA